CGGGCGGAGACGGCACUGACCCCGGCGGCCGGAGACGGCACUGACCCCGGCGAGCCAUGGGGAACCAGCUGGCGGGCAUCGCGCCCUCACAGAUCCUGUCGGUCGACAGCUACUUCUCCGACAUCCACGAGUUCGAGUACGACAAGAGCCUGGGCAGCACCCGCUUCUUCAAGGUGGCCCGCUCCAAGCACCGCGAGGGGCUGGUGGUGGUCAAGGUGUUCGCCGUCCAGGACCCGUCGCUGCCGCUCACGGCCUACAAGCAGGAGCUGGAGGAGCUGCGCCACAAACUGCUGGGCGCCCCCAACUGCCUGCCCUUCCUCAGGGCCGGCUUCACCGAGAAGGCCGCCAUGCUCUUCCGCCAGUACGUCCGCGACAACCUGUACGACCGCAUCAGCACCCGGCCCUUCCUCAACAACAUGGAGAAGAAGUGGAUCGCCUUCCAGCUCCUGAGCGCCGUGGAACAGGCCCACCGGGCCGGAGUCCGGCACGGAGACAUCAAGACGGAGAAUGUGAUGGUCACCAGCUGGAACUGGGUGCUGCUCACCGACUUUGCCAGCUUCAAGCCCACCUACCUGCCCGAGGACAACCCGGCAGACUUCAAUUACUUCUUCGACACCUCCCGCAGGAGGACCUGUUACAUCGCGCCCGAGCGGUUUGUGGACGGGACCAUGUUCAGCACCGAGCUGGAAUCGGCGAGGGAUUCAACUACCCCACUGGUGGAUCUGACUCCCAACAGCCAGAGGAUGAGGGGAGAACUCAAACCGGCCAUGGACGUUUUCUCUGCAGGGUGUGUUAUUGCAGAGCUAUUCACAGAAGGAGUACCAAUGUUUGAUUUAUCCCAAUUGCUGGCUUACAGAAAUGGCCAUUUUGCCCAUGAACAGGUGCUGAAUAAGAUUGAGGAUAUUACCAUAAGGGGUCUGGUUGUUCAGAUGAUACAGCGUGACCCUGAAAAACGUUUAACAGCUGAAGAACAUCUUAAACAACAGAGGGGCAGAGCUUUCCCAGAGUUGUUUUACAGUUUUCUGCAACCUUAUAUGGCACAAUUUGCAAAAGAGACUUUCCAAUCUGCUGAUGAACGCAUCUUGGUAAUAAGGAAGGACUUGGAAAAUAUUCUACAAAAUGUGUGUGGAGAAGACCAGACGGAUAAAAACAAUGGAGAAACAAAAGAGUAUGGUUUGAUUAUUUUAGUGUCUGUUAUCACCUCUUGCUUGCAGACACUCCAAUUCUGUGAUUCUAAAUUAGCUGCUUUGGAACUAAUUCUCCACUUAGCAACCAGACUAAGUGGUGAGAUACUACUUGAUCGAAUAACACCUUACCUCUUACAUUUUGCCAAUGAUUCCGUACCAAGGGUCCGAGCUGAAGCAGUCAGAACACUGACAAAAGUCCUAGCCCUUGUCAAAGAGGUGCCACGUAAUGAUGUCAAUAUUUACCCCGAGUACAUCUUGCCAGGUAUUGCUCACUUGGCUCAGGAUGAAGCAACUCUUGUCAGAUUAGCAUAUGCAGAAAACAUAGCACUUUUGGCUGAGACAGCUCUCCGAUUUUUAGAAAUAGUCCAGUUAAAUAAUUUAAACGUGGAAAGUGAGCUCAAUGGAGAGGAAACAGAAGAAAUACUACAUCCCAAUGAAAACUACGACUCUGAAUUACAAGCUCUCCAUGAGAUGGUUCAGCAAAAGGUGGUGACGCUGUUGAGUGACCCAGAAAAUAUUGUGAAGCAGACCUUAAUGGAGAAUGGGAUAACUCGACUUUGUGUGUUCUUUGGUCGCCAGAAGGCAAAUGAUGUUCUCUUGUCGCACAUGAUCACCUUCUUGAAUGAUAAGAAUGAUUGGCAUCUUCGAGGUGCCUUCUUUGAUAGUAUUGUUGGUGUGGCCGCUUAUGUUGGAUGGCAGAGCUCAUCAAUCCUCAAGCCCCUUCUUCAACAAGGACUCAGUGAUGCUGAGGAGUUUGUGAUCUAUAAAGCCCUCAAUGCGAUGACAUGCAUGUGUCAGUUGGGACUUCUGCAAAAACCUCACAUCUAUGAGUUUGCCAACGAUAUUGCACCGUUUUUGUGCCACCCAAAUCUCUGGAUCCGUUAUGGAGCUGUGGGAUUCAUAACGGUGGUUGCACAGCAUCUGAAUAUUGCUGACGUUUAUUGCAAACUGAUGCCAUUCCUCAAUCCAUUCAUCUCCCAACCAAUAAUACAGAUAGACAAGGAAAUUGUGUUGCUGAGCGUCCUCAAAGAGCCAGUCAACCGUUCCAUAUUUGACUAUGUAUUGCGAUCGAAGGACAUAAUGAAUCUCUACAGGCAUUUGUACUUGCGCCAGAAAAUACGAAAUGGACUUCUGCUGGAAUGCCCAAUCCCCGAGGACCCAAUUAUUGCCCAGUUGUUAAAGAAAUUGCUUUCCCAGGGCAUGAAUGAAGCAGAUGAAGACAAACUACUCGCUCUGAAGGAUUUCAUGCUGAAGUCAAACAAGGCCAAAGCCAAUGUGGUGGACCAAAGCCACAUGAAUGACAGCGCUCAAAGUGGCGUGAUUGAUCUGGCUGCAUUAGGAAUCCCUCGAAGGCACAUUGAUCUUGUGAAGACAAAGCAAGAAAAUGAUGAUAAACGAGCACGAAGACAUGUUAAACAAGACUCUAGUUUAAAUGAAGAAUGGAAGAGCAUGUUUGGCUCUCUUGAGCAUUCAAAUAUUGUUCAGCUGAAGGUCCUUGCAGCCCCUGGAGACCAGGAAAAUGCCACUGGGAAAAACCUUAGAUCGGAGUCUUCACCUGGAAUGAUGACCGUAACCAACUCGGCUUUGCAACAGGUAGCUGAAGGAACUGUGGUCCCAACAAGGAAACCAGCUGCCUCCUUGCCAGUUCUGCAGAGUGGAGCUGUGCCAUUGUUGCCCUCCACGUACCAGAGACGUAUUACUACGUGUGUCACUGAGCUCCAACACCUGGUCCAGCAGAAGCGAGAGCAGUGCAAUGCUGAGCGAAUGGCCAAACAACUAAUGGAAAGUGCUGAAUGGGAGAGCAAAUCGCCACCACCAGGCUGGCAUCCCAAAGGGCUUUUGGUUGCACACCUUCAUGAACAUAAAUCGGCAGUGAAUAGAAUCCGAGUGUCUGAUGAACAUUCAAUUUUUGCCACUUGCUCAAAUGAUGGGACUGUGAAGAUUUGGGAUAGUCAGAAGAUGGAAGGAAAGACAACAACAACAAGAUCAAUUUUGACUUAUUCUCGAAUAGGAGGAAAAAUCAAAACUUUGGCAUUCUGUCAGGGCUCCCAUUAUUUGGCAGUAGCUUCUGAUAAUGGUACGGUCCAACUCCUGGGAAUUGAAGCGAGCAAACCUCCAAAAUCUCCAAAAAUACAUCCCCUCCAGAGCAGGAUUUUGGACCAGAAAGAAGAUGGGUGUGUGGUGGAUAUUCACCACUUUAAUGCAGGUGCUCAGUCUGUUUUGGCAUAUGCAACUGUAAAUGGUUCUUUAGUUGGCUGGGACCUGAGGUCAUCAACAAAUGCCUGGACAUUAAAGCAUGAUUUGAGACUUGGACUCAUAACCUCAUUUGCUGUAGAUAUACAUCAAUGCUGGCUCUGUAUAGGAACAAGUAGUGGAACUAUGGCUUGUUGGGACAUGAGAUUUCAGCUGCCCAUUUCAAGUCAUUGUCACCCAGCCAGAGCUCGCAUUCGACAGCUGCUAAUGCAUCCUCUCUGCCAGUCAUGGGUCAUCGCAGCUGUGCAGGGAAAUAAUGAAGUUUCAAUGUGGGACAUGGAAACUGGAGACCGGCGAUUCACUCUCUGGGCCAGCAGUGCACCACCUCUCUCAGAAAUGCAGCCUUCAGCGCAUAGUGUUCAUGGAAUCUACUGCAGUCCAGCAGAUGGGAAUCCUCUAUUGCUAACAGCUGGAUCAGACAUGAGAAUAAGGUUCUGGGAUUUGGCAUAUCCAGAGCGAUCAUACAUUGUAGCAGGAGGUGCAAAUGAUGCUCUGCAUUGCCCAUCUGUCUCUUACUACAGAAAGAUAAUUGAAGGCACUGAGGUUGUCCAGGAAAUUCACAGCAAGCAGAAAGUUGGAUCAUCAGACGAUGUGCCACGCAGAGGUCCGGAAUCCCUCCCAGUUGGACACCACGAUAUUAUCACAGAUCUUGCGGCUUUCCAAACCACUCAGGGUUUUAUCGUAACUGCUUCACGAGAUGGAAUUGUCAAAGUUUGGAAGUAGAAGUGCAGAUGUAUUUCAGUUGGUUUUCAUCAAUAUAAUGUUAAAGAAACAACUGCAUUAAUACAUUUGUUUACAGUAUGGAGCAGCGGAAAUUAUGUAGAUAAUUGCCUCAUGAAAAUGAAAGCCUAAUAUGUGUAACGUUCUUAUUUUUAUGGGAAAGAGUAUGUUCACAUUUUCUAAUUAUUUAACCUUUACAUCCUAAAUGAUGUUCGAACUGCAGAAAGGAGUUUGCACAUAUUACUUCCUAAUCCAGAAUAUGACUAACAGCAACUUAUAAGCUUUGAAUGUAUUAUUCUCGCCAUUCUGUGUGUGUGUGUGUAAAGAAUUUGUUCUCAGUGUUUGAACUUUGUUAAUACAAGAAUAUGUAUAAUGUUUUUUAAAGUCAGGUUUGCGUCAAUUCCAAAUAAUUUCAUCGUGAAUUAUUCAAGAGCACUUUGGAAUUUAAAAGAGCAUAUAACUUUAAGUAAAUUAUUAAAACAUUUUUUGGGCACCUUCAGAUGGAUAAUAUGCCUGAUGUAAGUUUCUUCAUAUGUUAGUUUGGUUCUGUGUGGAGACCACUUGGAAACAGGGUAUGACCAGAAUCAUUAAAAGUAAACUCUUGAAUGGUU